AUGCAGUCAGAAAACUGAAACUCUUCUUGCUUUUGCUUUCAUUUACUGUGGAGUAUAAAAGACAUCAUCUGUUGGACACAGAGUCCUAUACUCACAGUGGGGAAGUGAGUCGGAAGACCAUACAUUUGGACAAGUUUCAUUUUCGUCUCGUAACGUCAGCAGAAGUAAGAAAUCCAGUUUGUGGAGCUCCAUUGUCAAUAUGAUCCCUCACACAGCGCUGUGCAAAUUUUUUCCUUUGGCUUUAGUCGGGGUUGUGGUGUUCGCUGUGAGUGGGAUCUUUGGAGACCCUCUGUACGAGUGCCUCCAAGACACUGACUACAGAGAGCUUCUCGACAUUGUGGAUAAAGGUCUUCCCAGGACUAAAACACCCCGUCAUAUAGCCAUCAUCGGUGGGGGCAUUGCUGGAUUGACGGCGGCAAAGUUUUUAGAAGACGCUGGACAUAAAGUGACCAUCAUAGAAGCCAGUGACCGUAUUGGAGGACGUGUGGAGACGUUCAGGAACAGACAAGAAGGCUGGUAUGCAGAACUGGGUGCCAUGAGGAUCCCCAGCUUUCAUAAGAUUCUGCGGACAUUUGCAUCCAAACUACAAAUUUCCUUGAACCCCUUCAUUGAAGAUAACAUCAACACCUACUAUCUGGUGAAUGGAGUGCGUCAGAAAACCUAUGCCGUGGAAAACAACCCCGAUGUGCUCAAUUACAGCUUGUAUGAAAGAGAGAAGGGAAAAUCAGCUGCCCAGCUUUUCAGUCAGGCACUCUGGAAGGUGAGGGAUGACCUUAAAACAAUGGGCUGCGGUGCCACGUUGGAUAAGUAUGAUUCCUACACAGUAAUGGAGUAUCUGGUGAAGGAGGGCAACUUGAGUCGUGGUGCCUUGAGGAUGGUUGGGGACAUUCUGAAUGAAAACAGCCUCUUCUACACAUCACUGAUAGAGAUGCUGUACAUACAGUCAGAUAUCAAUGACAACACUGAGUACUACGAAGUGACAGAUGGCUUUGACCACCUCCCAAGAGCUUUCUACCAGGUGUUAAAUUCCACAAUCCACCUCAACUCAAAGGUCAAGCUAAUCAGUCAAACAGGCGGCAACAGUGUGACGGUAACAUAUCAAGAACGGCGUAAUCCAGGCUCAAUGACCAACCUAACAGUGGACUAUGCCUUGGUUACAGCCACAGCAAAGGCCAGCCUCUUCAUUGACUUCCAUCCCCCUCUCUCAGGAGACAAGAUGGAGGCCCUGCGCUCAGUUCACUAUGCCAGCUCCACCAAGGUGGUGCUCAGUUUCAAGGACCGGUUCUGGGAGAGAGAGGGCAUCAAAGGGGGGAAAAGCAUCACAGACCGGCCCUCUCGUUUCAUCUACUACCCCAGCCACAGCUUCCCUGGUACAAAUGCAGGGGCCCUUCUGGCAUCCUACACCUGCUCUGACGACUCCACCCUCUUCCAAGGGAUGAGCGAUGAGGACCUGAUGGCUGCAGUCCUAGAGGACCUGGUGAAAAUCCAUGGAGAGUACAUCAGGCCAAAUUGUACAGGGGGGUUGGUAAAGAAGUGGGGCUUAGAUCCUUACAGUCUGGGAGCUUUCGCCCUGUUUACACCCUACCAGAGGAAAUACUAUGCCAGAGAACUGUUCCAGAGCGAGGGACGAGUGCACUUCGCAGGAGAACACACAGCCACGCCGCAUGGCUGGAUUGAAACCGCAAUGAAGUCUGCGCUCAGAGCAGCUAAAAAUAUUAAUAGCCUUACAGUUUAGUUUUGUCUGGCAAAUGUUUUAGUUUAACAUUCGUUCCCUCAUGUUCAGUCUCAUAGGGUUUGUCUACUAUGUUGUUUCACCAAUGAAUCUUUUGAAUGCUGGUUGCUAUUCUGAUAUAUCAUGAACAUAUUUAAUGAUUUAUUUACAUACUUACAGAUUGGCUGUACAAAGUGUGUAUGUUGGCUGCCCAUAAACUGACAUUGUGAUCAUAUUCCACAAAUCAUACCAUAUAUAUAAAUGUAGUUAUUAUGAUUUAUCCUGAUCAUGAUCUGUUAUGUUGUUGGUGUAUGUAAUGAUUCAGAGGGUAUUCUAUAGAAUACUACAGAAUUCUACAGAAUAUAACUAAACUAGAGCUGCAAAUGAUUAAAACAUUGAGCACUGAUUAAUGAGCUGAAUAUUUUCUUGAUUAAAAAAAUGAAUAAUUUGCGCUAGAAAAUGUCAGAAUAUUGUGAAGAAGAUGAAAACCGCAGCUGCUUAACCAGCAAGAGUUCGGCAUUUGUGCUUGAAAAGUGACUCAGUUACUUUAUUGUUAAAGCAGUUGCUGAUAAAUAGUUUGUCAAUCAACUAAUCAGUGAGUCACCUUGAAUUUUCCUCAGGAUCAAUAAAGUAUCUAUCUAUCUAUCACUUCAGCUCCACGCUGAACACCUGUAAGACAGUGUUUAUGAGCAGCAUUGCAAAAUAAUGGCAUUUGUGUUUGAUGAAUGGCAUUCCUGAUGUGACCCCUUAAAUCAGUACUUGUCAAGUACUGUCGCACAGUAAACUGUUUCAUUUCUGUAUUUUUAUUCCAUUUCAGCUAUUUUAUAUUUCAUUUUACUUUUAGGAAAAGUGAAGGUAAAAUAUUUGAAUAAAUGAAUUGCUUUAAAUUGUCAGUUACUUGGGACCAUCACUGUUGCUUUGAAAACAUGGUAACAUCCAUCAAAAAAACUGGAGUUUUUUUUACAUACAAAUCUAAAUA